AUGAGCAAUAUUUUUGAUGAGCCAAAUCGACAUAGCUAUAGGAGUAGUAAAGAAGAGAAUGAAAUACGUGAGAUAUUCUAUAGCCAUUGGGAAGAAUUGAAGAAAUACGCCGACGAAGCGAUUGGCGCGAUUAAUAGUUGGCGUUCUGAAAAUAUUCGCAAAAUCGGAAUGUAUGCAGAUACACAAAUUCGUAUUCUCAAUAUGCAUUACAAUAAUCAACGAAUUAUUUUCAAUCAGGAACGUGAAAAUUAUUUGAACCUAGCUAAGGCUUAUCAUAACUCAAAACAGAAAGAUGUAUUCAAUGGUAUGCGUGAUACAUGUCGAUUGUUGAAGUUUCAAGUGGCAGAAUUAAAAUAUAUUCUUGAUGAACAACAACAACAACCACGUCCACAAGUGGCACCAGUUGAAAAUUACUCAGAAAGAAAUAAGCUCCAUGCAAACAUGACGCCAACGCUUGAAUGCGAAAAUCAUCAACGACGACCAACUGACGAAAAUAUUCAGAUGAGAAAACGCGAUGAAAAUAAUACUUCUAGCGCAUUUAUUAAUUCAAUUCCAUCCAUUCCAAACGGAAUACGUGAAGAACAACUGGCGACUUCAUCCUCGAGUGCGUAUGAUACGACCAUGAACGGUAACAAUAUGUUAGUUACAACGACUACAAACGAUGAUGAUGAUGCAAAUAACAGAUGCCCUAUAUGUUUUAUGAUAUUUUCGACCAAUAUGACACGUCAAAGCCGGUAUGAACAUAUCGAUCAACAUAUGGUAGAUAGUAAUAAUACUGAACUCGUCAAGUUUUGA